UUAAUCAGCUAUCGAUACCCAGAGGGCCUGCUCACGAUAUCGAUAUCGCAGGUGCGGCGUUGCCACUUGCGAGCCGCGAUGUUCAUCAUCACCGAUAUUUCCAUUUUCUUGUGCCCAUCGAUCGCACUAUCGUCCAGUGCCAACCGACCGCCUAUCGAGGCGCCCCCUUCCCUGUUGAGUGGUGAUUUUGCAAAUUGUUUAUGCCCGUGCACCGGUCGGCAGAAGUUUAGUUUUUUUCUACCCCUCAGCCCGGCGUUUCCACUUGUCCUUGCCACUACGUUGCCUUUGUUGACCACGAGUGCCCUUUCAGACUCCAGCAGCUGUGCUUCCUGGUUUGGACCCCGAUCCGGGCCGCGAUCCCGUCUCCUCGUCUGGGCAUGAUGCCCUUCUCCGUGAUGCUUGGCCUC